UUGGCUUUUGGUAAAAAGUGCGAAGGUAAAGAAAAAAGUUGAGCGUUUUCGCUGAGGCCGCAUAUAUUUUUCAAAAAAAUAGUGGUAAUUUGCCUGAAAUUUGUCUUCAAAGUGUUGAAAAAACCCAGUUUAGUGCAUGCUUCGUUCGUAAAUAUAAAAUGUAGCCGGAAAACAGUGCUCGAGAUGACGAAAAUAUGGUUUAUUGGCAAGCGGGCGCGAAGCGUCGCAUUCGGUAUAAAAUAGUGACGAAUAGUGAAGAUUACUGUGUAUAACUAUUCUAUCGAAAACAAAAGAAGGUGUUUCAGUCGAAUAAAAGAGGGUUGAUCUAAAAAGAGUGUAAAAACCAAGAAAACCCCGGUUUAAUUGAGGUUGUACCUUUUGUAAAACAUAAAAAACUUAACGCGUAGAAAGGCAUCGUCAUGUUUUACGCACACAUUGUGCUGGCCAAGAAGGGCCCGCUGGCCCGAAUUUGGCUGGCCGCUCACUGGGACAAGAAGAUAACAAAAGCGCAUGUUUUCGAGACCAACAUCGAGCAGUCCGUGGAUGGUAUAAUGCAGCCGAAGGUUAAACUGGCCCUCCGGACAUCCGGCCAUCUAUUGCUGGGUGUUGUCCGGAUAUAUGCCAGAAAGGCGAAAUACCUGCUGGCCGAUUGUAACGAAGCCUUCGUCAAAAUCAAGAUGGCAUUCCGACCAGGAAUGGUUGACCUGCCGGAGGAACAUCGAGAAGCAGCGGUGAAUGCUAUCACGUUGCCAGAGGUUUUUCACGAUUUUGACACGCCGCUGCCGGAACUGAAUGACGUUGACAUCGAAGCUCAUUUUUCAAUCAACCAAUCGCGUGCCGAUGAAAUCACAAUGCGCGAAGAUUACGGUACAUUGCCGAUGAACAUCCACGAUGAUGGUUUCGGUGACAUGGGAUUCGACGACACGCCCGACAUUGUUCGCGAACGGAUCGAAGAACCGAUGGAGGGAUUGAGCAAUGCGCCUCCAGUGGCGUCCCCGUUGGAAGCGACGGCACAGAGUAAAGACAGUACGGAAGUGGGUGGUAUUUCAGCGGAAGCGACGGACGAUUGCGGUAAGGAGAAACCGGACAAGAAGGGACUUCGAGCCCGCGCCAAAAGUCUGUACGAAGAGCUCAGCGAACAGCCGGCGCAGGAUACCCGAUGGAACGAGUAUCUUGAUGACCUCUUUACGGAUCCAGUUGCACCACCGCCUGAUCUGGAGCAAGAGAAGGAACCGCUACCCGGUACCUCACGUUCGCUGCUGGACACGUUCGAUCCCCAUCAUCCACACACCGUGGACAAUGACGGAUUCGGCGAUGAGGGCUUCGGUGCGGAACCGGCGGCCGGCUUGUUCGAGGGGGAUAUCUUUGCGGAUGCUCCGUUGGUUCCAGAACCGGAACUGCCGGGAGAACCGGCGGCGCAGGCUCAGGCUGGACAGGAACGAGACAGCGAGGACGAUGAUGACGAUCACUUUGACGUAGGAGGUGCGCCGUCACCCGCGGCCAGCUCGGAUGGGUCACGACCACCGUCUCCAAUCAUUACGCAGCAAUUAUUGGACGAUUUGCAGAAACCAAGCACCAGUCAAUCUAGCACGACGAAGGUUCCAAUCUAUCAUGAUGGUGGCGCUGCAAUGGAAGCAUCAGCACUCGCAACCGAUGAACCUCACCCCGAAGGAGCAGACCGAAGAUUGGACCCCGAGGAUGAACGAAUUGCCGGCGAUGGAACCGCGGAGGAGGAAGCUGAACAUGCGGAACAAACGACGUUGUUACACAACGAAGAGGAGAGUUUUGCGCUGGCGCCUGUUGAUGCCUCCGCUUUGAAAGGUGUAACCAAAAGCAAGCGAAAGCGAAAGCUGAUCGUCGAUGAAGUAAAGAACAUUAGCGGUGAAGAGAUGAAAAGCCAACUGGCGAAUACUUCGGAUAUUGUAACCACACUGGAUCUGGCUCCUCCGACCAAGCGCUUGAUGUACUGGAAGGAAACCGGUGGCGUAGAGAAACUAUUUGCGCUGCCAUCGCGAGACAUACCGGCGAGAUGUUUGUUCAAAAACUAUCAACGUCAUUUAACCUCGAGAUCAAUUGGAGUCGAGGACUUUUCGGUUCUUGGUCCGUUGGAUGUGUUGGGCGUUGAACAGCAACAGCCAGAACGACCAGAAUCUCCAGUUGCUCAGCGACGAGGUAGAAAGCGAAAGAUUAUCGAUCUGCCGCCCCCGGAGACGCCCGCUACACCUUUGAUGCCAAUGACACCCGCAACACCACAGCACCUUGAUCAAACAUCGGUCGAUCAGAUGCGAGAGGCAAUUGACAUGCCACCACCAACGCCGGUGUCAAUGGAACUUCGCGAUCAGGAGCUUUGUCCUGAUGUCAGUCAAAAUUUCCCCCACGAUGGAAGCAUGAUGCCGCCUCCUGCAACGCCGGGUCUCAGCCAGUUGGGAAGUCCGAAUCUGGGAAUGCACACGCCACAAAUGAUGCCACCAACCCCGGGAAUGCCAAGCAUACCAAUGACCCCGGGUAGCCUUGAUCACGGUGGUUUAUCAUUGACGGGUUUACCUCACGGGGGUCUAACUCCGGGCGAUCUACAUCACGGUGGUAUGACUCCAGUUGGACUGCAUCACGGUGGCAUGACUCCGGCCGGAUUGCAGCACGGCGACUCUGGCCAUCUCAUGCCAGAUCUACCUGGAGCAAUGACACCGCAUGGAUUGGACCACGGUGGAAUGACACCACAUCAUGCCAGUCUGGAAAGUAUCGAUCAAAUUCCGAAUCUGCCAGCGGAUCAGGUUUCGUCAAUUCUGAAUGAGCCUGGAAUGGAAAAUUUCUCCAACAUGGGCUACGACGGGCAAUCACAUUCGCCAGCACGGGGCGUUUUGGCUGAUGAUGUGCACAAUGAAUGGAACCAGGACUACGAACUCUCACCGUCCGUUGGAGGGCAACAGGCUAGCGAAGAGCAGCAAGUGGAUGAAACGAUCGAACAGUUCGAGGAACGCGUACUAAACAAACGUGCGGCCCAGCUGUUCAUUUCGGUGCGGUCACGUUUGCUGAAAACAGACAACAUGGUACUGUCAGACAUGACCCACCGGAACAACAAAAAACAGGCCGCCCAAAAAUUCUACUCACUAUUGGUGCUGAAAAAGUUCAAAGCUCUCGAGAUCUCACAGCAGCGCCCGUACGACGACAUUUUAAUCACCCGAGGACCACUGUUCGAUAAUCCCAAGCUUUAAGCUGCAGUCACGGUGACCUUCGCAUCCACAGAGUGCACCUUUUCUUUUUAUUUGUUUAUUACGAUUUAAGCUCAAAGUGGUCACCCGAACCAACAUCCCACAAGUGUAUUUUUGCACCGUUAGCAAGUUAUUUGAAUGAAAUGCAUGUGCAUUUUUGGUUUAAGCAGAAAGUAACAACAAGAUUAUCUAAUGUAAAUAUCUAAGUAUUCAUUUCAGUAAUUGCUAGGAAGCAGAUCUGCCAAAACAACAGACUGGAUUAUUUCCGGUGUCGAAAUCUUCCAUUCUGCUGUGAUGCUGACAAAAAUGGUACAAAGUGAUUUUGUCUAUGCGAAUCAUCAUGACAAAUCAGAUUUGUUUCGGGUCGAUCUUUGUCCUAGCGCGGUUCGCUGAUAGACAGUAGUUAGAAACGAUCUGCACAGCGAUGAGGAGCUUCUUCUUGUUUCCCUUGUAAAUAUGCAUAUUUGUUCAAUGAUUAAGGCGCAAAUUUAAACCACACAAAUGCUGGUAGCAAAAGUACUAACGCAAAACUAUAAUUAACCGAUAAGAUAACUCGUCGUCGCAUAUUGAAAACCUUAUUUGCCGGUUCGCGCUUUCAUCAUUUUUGUUGGAGGUGACAACUGCGCAGAUAGUUCUUCUUUGGCGCACUUUGCUCUUGGUGUAAGCGAGAAAUUAAGUUAUAUAGAUUUUAGUUCAUUUGUCCUAGGAUGCACUGGACGUUUUUGGAGAAUUCUGAUGAUGUUCACAAAGCUGUACAGAAUUUUUGUCAACAUGAUUGGGAACAUCAGUGCAUUGGCGGUGGAUUUUCAUUAUUUUCUUCGAUUUGGAUUCGUUCAAUCGUCGUAAGCAGGUUUAUUUUUAUUAGAUUCCUAAUGCUGCUGCAGAAACAAGCUUCAGUGAAAAAACUAUUGUACACAAACAAAUAUAAACGCAGUUGAAAUAAAGUAAAUCUUACAUAUUUA